ACGCUAGCCUAGCAAAGAUGGCGUCGGGCCGUUUUUGAGACUUGAGUUGCUUGUUGCCGGUUACCAGCCCGACCGUCUGCACGAGUAUCCUCGGAAUCUCCACGAUGUAGAAGAUGUAUCACGUUUUAAUGGGAGAGUCUUUGGUCUAAAAGCAUCGUAAGAGCCUGGCUACUGACAAAAAUACAUCCACUCUGCUUUCCCGUCCGUCCAAGACAUUUCAUUUUUUUUUUUCAUUAUUCUAGUAUGCGAGAAUUCAGACAUUACUUUCAUCUGUAGCACAGUCUUUGAAAAACCAGCAGAACAUUUUUACAAUUUCAACUGUGAUGUAAACCACUAAACCAGACUGGAACAGUCCCCAUAGCAACAGAGGAGAGGGUGGGCAUCACAAAAGGCAGAGAGAGACGUAAUGAUGCAGGCCACUUCAGUUCACAUCCCAAGCUCUAUGUGAUCUUUUAGCACUAAAAACCAAAACCAAACCACAUAGACAUCCUGUUCCAUCUCAGAGAUUGAAACCUGAGAGAUGUCAGUUGGCCCUAAUUUUUCCAGCACAAAAAUGGUACGAUCCACCCUCAUUAGAAAACCUUCACCAAAGGCUUCCCCCUCCCUCCAUCUGGCAGGUACCACUCACUGCCGAGGGGGUGAUCCUAUCCAUCCACCACAAAUCUAGUGCUCAUUGUGGCAGAAUUGCAGUGCACUGGGCUUUACAGAGCAGGGUACCAUCCAGGCUGUUGUCUGUGAGGGGUGGGGUCCAGCUACACUGAAACCACCAAACGUAAGCUUACAGAGGGUCACAGAGAGGCAGAAAAAGAGAGAAAAUAAGAGAAGAGGGGGGAAGACUGCACCUGAAGAGGACUAUAAUACGGGAUGAAAGGAGACACCCCAGUGAACAGUACAAUGAGUGUCGGUCAAGCCAGGAAGCUGGUGGAGCAACUGAAGAUAGAGGCUAGUUUCUGCAGGAUAAAGGUGUCAAAGGCAGCAGCCGACCUGAUGGCGUACUGCGACGCGCACUCCUGCGACGACCCCCUGAUCACCCCCGUGCCCACCUCAGAGAACCCUUUCAGGGAGAAGAAAUUCUUCUGCGCUCUGCUUUGAGCUCAAUCAGGGAUUGUU